AUGGCUGCUGUCUUUUUCGUUUUACAUUCCCCUACGGCCAUCCAAAGUCAUCGAUUGGUUCACUUAAAGUCAGUCAGCUUUGUACAUCGCCUAUACACUACAAGGCCGGAAUCAUCUCAACUGGGUAUUGCUUUUAAUACUUUGCGUAUUGGGAUUCCCAAAGAAUCUUUCAUAGAUGAAAAGCGCGUUUCAGUUACUCCUCAAACUGCCAACCUGUUUUCAAAAUGUGGCUUCAACGUUUUCGUUCAAACUGGUGCCGGCGUUAACUCUAAUUUCUUAGAUUCGGAUUAUAUAAAGGCUGGGGCUAAAAUAAUCACAGACAGUGUAGAAAGUUUGUAUAAUCAAAGUGACAUUAUCUUGAAAAUACGACCACCUACGCUGAACUCACUCCCUAACCUAUCAGAUGAAGUCAGUAUGCUGAGACCUAACAGCACUUUAAUUAGUUUGAUUUACCCUGCCAAAAAUCAAUCGUUAAUUGACGCACUAAGUAAGAAAAAGGUGAAUCUAUUAGCUCUUGAUUGUAUACCACGGAUAAGUCGGGCACAAUCAUUUGAUGUCUUAUCUUCAAUGGCUAACAUCUCUGGGUAUAAAGGUGUAAUUGAGGCUGCUGGACUGUUCAAUCGAUUUUUCGCAGGUCAGAUUACAGCUGCUGGUAGAAUUCCACCUGCAAAAGUAUUAGUUAUUGGUGGCGGUGUAGCAGGUUUAUCAGCUGUUAGUACAGCAAAAAGUCUUGGUGCUAUUGUACGAGCUUUUGAUACACGUGAAGCAGUUCGUGAACAAGUUGAAUCAUUUGGUGCAGAAUUUUUAACUGUAAAUAUACAAGAGUCCGGGGAAGGAGGGGGUGGAUAUGCUAAAGAAAUGUCUCAGAAAUAUCUUGAAGCAGAAAUGGAAUUAUUCGCAAAACAAGCCAAAGAAGUAGACAUCAUCAUUACCAGUGCUUUAAUCCCAGGAAAACCAGCGCCAAAACUUAUAACUAAGGAUAUUGUAGAAUCAAUGCGUCCGGGGUCAGUUAUUGUCGACUUGGCUUCAGAGUCUGGAGGAAAUGUAGAAACAACAGUACCAGGCAAAUUAACAUAUCAUCAUAAUGUUGCUCAUAUUGGUUAUACUGAUCUACCCAGUCGAUUACCAGGUCAAGCAUCAACUUUAUUUUCAAAUAAUGUAGCGAACUACCUAUUAUCAAUGACUCCUCCUGGAUCGAAAGACCGAUUUUAUCUUAACUUAGAAGAUGAUGUAAUUCGUGAGAGCCUCAUAUUAUAUAAUGGAGAACUUAUGUGGCCUCCACCUGUACGUUCUCAACCGAAAUCAUCAUCAAAAUUAAUUAAUAGUAAACAGUUAAGUAAAGCUGGAGGCAAUGUAGCAUUGCAACCUGAAGAUUCCUCAUCUGUCUUUAAAAAUAAACUUCGUUCUGCUAUAUCGACGUCGGUUUGCUUAAGUGGUUUAGUUGGACUGGGUCUAUAUUCACCUUCUUCAGCAUUUACUACUAUGUUAACAACAUUCGGCCUUUCGAGUAUUGUAGGUUAUCAUACAGUCUGGGGAGUAACUCCAGCACUUCAUUCUCCACUGAUGUCUGUUACUAAUGCUAUAUCCGGUAUUACAGCAGUUGGAGGUUUACUUCUAAUGGGUGGUGGUUUCUAUCCAUCCAGUGUGCCUGAGAGUUUAGCAGCAUCAGCUACUCUUUUGUCAGCGAUCAAUAUUGGUGGCGGUUUUGUCGUUACUCAAAGAAUGUUGAAUAUGUUCAAACGUCCCACUGACUUACCAGAAUACAAUUAUUUACUUACCAUUCCAGCGGCUGUACUAUUAGGCGUUUAUGGAUAUGGUAUUUUAACUCUGCCUCCAUCGUUAUUAACUGAUAUGCAUCAAACUACAUACUUAGCCUCUUCACUUUGUUGCAUUGGUGCAUUGACUGCUUUAUCCAGUCAAAACGUUGUCGUGUUGGUAAUGCUUUGGCCAAAUUUAGAAUUACUUACUCAAAUGGGAGCAUGUUUAACUGGUGGAUCAUUAAUAGGUUCCAUUGCUGCUAAACGUAUUCAAGUUACAGAUCUACCACAAAUGGUUGCUUUAUUUCAUAGUUUAGUCGGUGCCGCUGCUGUACUUACAUGUAUUGCAAACUAUAUGGUUGAAAUGCCUCAUUUAAUUUUGGAUCCGAAUUGCUAUGGUGCAUUACAACUUAUGAAAACUGUGGCAUAUUUAGGCACAUAUAUUGGAGGCAUUACAUUAACUGGAUCAUUGAUAGCUUUUGGUAAACUGCAAGGUAUUUUAAAAUCAACUCCAUUGCUGUUACCGAUGCGGAAUACGUUGAAUGCUAGUUUAGUAACACUGUCUGGUGGAUGUCUUGUUGGUCUUCUUUCACUUGCUGGUGUUGCUGGUGGGAUUUCUGGUUUGACUUUAACAGCUGCUAUUGGAGGUGCAGAUAUGCCGGUUGUAAUAACUGUAUUAAAUAGUUAUUCGGUUGUUGUUGUCAAGCGAACAUUAGGCGUUGGCUAUGCGGCAGUUGAUAAUCCUAUAUUCUUUAAAGAAAAUACCGAAAUGCUAUUGGGCGAUGCAAAAACUAUUUGUGAUGACCUAUUAAAUGCGUGUCGAAAUCCAUCAUGA